AUUCUGCAAUUUUUAUUUUUCUAAUUUCAAUUUACUGGUAAUUGGGCUCUUUACUUGAAAAAUCCUUGAGAAUUGAAAAUUGAAACCAGGCUCGUCAGUCGUCCCGUUGCGCAAGACGAAAGGGAAGAUUCUCCCAUUUUCCGAUCAACCAACAGGUUUUGCUUGGAGCUUAAUUGCAGUGAAGCGAGGGAACAAUUUUCAGUAAUGUCGGAUAAAGGCGAAAAGGGUUUUCCAGUGCAGAAAAAACCUGCAAAGUCUUCCCUCAAAUCUUCCGCUCUCAAGGAUGCUUCUCUUAAAGGAAAGGAUGAUAGUUUGUCGAAGCUAAAGAAGGGAAGGAAAGUCCAAUUCGAUGCUCAAGGAUCAGUUGAUGCGCAGAGUACUUUUUCAAUGAAAUACAGUGGCAAAAAUGGUGACUUGGGUAAAGGAGGAAAAGGUGUAAAUACGAAGGCUUCUGCUGCAAAGGAACCCCAACCACUAGAAUUGAAGAUUGAGCAAGAACUUCCCAAGAAUGUUAAAUGCCAAUGCCUUAUGGACUGUGAGGCUGCACAACUUUUACAGGGAAUCCAAGAUCAGAUGGUUCUUCUAUCCGCUGAUCCAACCAUAAAAAUCCCCACGUCGUUUGAUAGGGGAUUGCAAUAUGCUAAAAGAGCCAACCACUAUGUAAAUUCUGAGUCAGUUAGACCAGUUCUUGAAACCCUCAAGAAACAUGGCUUAACGGAAAGUGAGAUAUGUGUGAUUGCUAAUGUCUGCCCAGACACUACUGAUGAAGUUUUUGCUCUUCUUCCGUCCUUGAAGGGCAAAAGAAGCAAGCUAAGUGAACCUCUCAACAAUGUCUUGUUCGAGCUGGCCAAGGUAAAAUCAUCCUGAAGUCAUAUGGUUGCUUGCUGUUUCUGGUGCUCAGGUCCGAUUGCCUUCUCCCCAUCCUGUGAAGAUUGUUAUUAUGGCAUUUGAAAAUUCGGACCUUUUCUUGUCAAUGGUAUUCAAUAGAUAUAACUUCGGGGGAGGUAAGCAUUAGCCCAUUGGAAUAUUUUGUUCUUGAAGAUCUGUAUUUCCUACUGGAAUUGAUGAUAUAGUGUAGAAAUGUGGGUUAACUUUAAAUGAAAAUGCCUCUCACAGCUGAAUCAUAUCUGAUGGACUGAAAAUCAAACUAGAAACCACAAUUGAUUUUAAUGUAAAGUGAGGAUGUUAAGGGAGUAAUUUCUUCUGGAUGCUGCACAAGUUUGACUGCUUGUUUAUAUUGUUGGUAUACCAUACAGCAAAGCAUUGUUUGGCAACAAAAGGAACCGGUUAUUGAAGACCAAGAGAACUCAAUGGAUAUUAAAUUUUAGUUAGGUAGUCACUAGUUUGAAUCCGUGUAUAAUAUUAAAUUCAAUUAUUAAAUGUUUUUUGUUAUUAAGGUAA